AUGAUGAGAAAAGUUUCUCCUAAGAUGUUAGAUUAUCAGCAAUAUUGUCGUGCCAAAACCCCUAUCCUCUCUGCCAUGGUAUGCACUGCUAUAAUCUUCUUUGUCUAUGCAAACAGUAUUAUUUCUACUAUUUCUUUGCAAUCAUUUUCAGUUGAGCCCCAACAAAUUUUUGGGGAGCUACAUAUUCAUACAACUGAAAGACAGAUCAUGUCGACGACAAUCUUUAAGCAACCACUGCGUUCUAUGCAAGACGAGAUUAAGGAAGUUGAUCAUAGUGAACAUAAGAGUUCUGUAAUUCCACCCCUCAAUCUCACAGAAGAAGAAAGAAUUAUGUGGUUUCGGAGAAAGGUACCGGGCUUUGAGAUUUUGAAGUCAGACAACUUGACCAAGGAAUUUCAUAGUCGAGUUCUUGAAUUUUUCAACAAUGAGUGUUCUGUCCAGUUCUUCAUGACAUGGAUUUCGCCGGUAACAUCCUUUGGAAGAAGAGAGUUCUUGGCCCUGGAAAGUGUGCUCAAAGUCCACCCUCAUGGUUGCUUACUGAUUCUAUCUAGAGAUAUGGAUUCCAUACAAGGUUAUAGGAUUCUGAAACCACUACUUGACCGCAAGUUCAAAGUUGCUGCAGUUACACCGGACUUGGCCUUUUUGUUCAAGAACACCCCAGCAGAAAAUUGGUUUGAGGAGAUGAAGAGCGGGAACAAAGACCCUGGUGAAAUUCCAUUGGCUCAGAAUCUGUCAAACCUCAUUAGACUUGCAGUCUUAUACAAGUAUGGAGGGAUUUACUUGGAUACAGAUUUUAUUGUCCUAAAAAGUUUUGCAGGCUUGAGGAAUGCAAUUGGAGCACAAAGUAUUGGUGUGUCCAAGAAUUGGACCAGAUUGAACAAUGCAGUUCUAAUCUUUGAUAUGAAUCAUCCACUUCUAUUCAAGUUCAUAGAAGAAUUCGCUUCGACUUUCGAUGGAAAUAAAUGGGGCCAUAAUGGACCCUAUUUGGUCUCCAGAAUUGUGCAGAAAGUGUCUGAAAGACCUGGAUAUAACUUCACAAUCUUGCCUCCUAUGGCAUUCUAUCCAGUUGAUUGGAAUAGGAUAGGUGGUUUCUUCAAGAAACCAGAAAGCAUUGCAGAAUCAAGAUGGGUAAAUGCCAAGCUACUUCAGCUAAGUGGGCAGACUUAUGGGAUACACCUAUGGAACAGACAGAGCAGUAGAUUCAGCAUUGAAGAAGGAAGUAUCAUGGGCAGAUUGGUGUCGGAUCAUUGUGUCAUUUGUGACUACAAAUACAGCUCCUGA